UAAAAAGUGAUUUUAUUAAAUACAGAAAGUAGGAUUGAAGUGGUUCCAAGUAAUAACAGACAGAACAAAGUGAAUUACCAAGCAAAAUAAAAUAAAACAGGCAAGUCUAAGCCUAGUACAGUAAGAAAACUGAAUACAGAUAAAAUCUCACCCUCAGAGAUUUUUCAAGAAGCUUCUAUCACAGACUGGACGCCUUCCUAGUCUGGGCGCAGUCCUUUCCCCCAUACAGCCCUUGUUCCAGCUCAGAUGGUAGCUAGGGGAUUUCUCAUGAUGGCCGCUCCCUUUGGUCUGUUCCACUCCCUUAUAUAGCUUUGGCACAAGGCGGGAAUCUUUUAUCUCUCUGGGUCCCCACCCCUCCUUCUAAAUGGAAAAGCACCAGGUUUAAGAUGGAUUUCAGUACCAGGUGACAUGGUCACAUGUCCUGUGGGACCCCAAGCCUUCAUUCCUCCCAGCCUGACUCAUGAGAAGGCCUGCAAGCAAACAGAGCCAUCCACAGUCAAUUGUCCUGGUUGAUGGGCGCCAUCAAGAUUCCAAACCACCAUUAAUGGCCCACAUUUUGCAUAAUUACAAUAGACCCUUAGAGUUAUAUUUCAUAUUUCUAGUUUUAGAUACAAGAAUGAUACAUACAUACAAAUAGGAUGACCACACUCGGUAGAUUAUAAGCUUUGUAAUGAUACCUUACAAGAGACCUUUUGCAUGAAGCAUAUUCCAGUUACAUUAUAUUCACACUCAUUAGCAUAUUUUUAUAAAAUCAUAUAGAGUGCAACGUCACAGCUGUAUUGAAUUCACUGAAGCUAUAACAAUUACACCAGUUGAUGCUCUUUACAUUUCCAAGUCUGUCUCCCCACACAACCUCCACAGAGGGUCAAAGCUCUCUUAAAAUACAUGCAAGGGGCUUGUUUCUCAACAGCAAUACACACACCAAGAGUGGGGAGAACCUCUUUCUCAGUUCUUGCUCCUUCUUCCUACAGAGAUAGUCCAGUUAAAGAUGAUCUCUCUUAUGUCAGAGCAAAAGAAGUACAUGUUCACUACAGGAUUUGUAAUGUUUCUUUUUGGGGCCAAAAUCACCUGUGCUGUAUAUCAGAAAAUAAGGCAGGGGAGGAGGCAGAAGAGGGUCCUAUUGUGUUUUAUGCUUGAAUCAUGCAAAACAGCUGAACCAAUUGGGUUCCAACUUUUUUUAAAAAACUAUCAAUGUCAGGCUGAGACCAACCAUGGGAAACUGCAUUCCAGAACAAAUUAGAGGAAGUUCUGAGCAAUGAAAAGGGGAAAGGGUGCUCUUUCCCAACAGAAAUUUGCAUUUCCAAAUGAGAGUGUAUUUCUGCAGCUGAACACAUGUAAUGUAUGGUCUGCAAUUUCAGUUAACAUUUAAAAGCAACCGUGUGUAGUUGCCAUCUCCUAGUUUUGAGUUUGAUUAGAGAUUAAUGUAACUGAAUUAUACUCCCUUCUUUACAUGUACAUAAUAUGCACUGCAUACUAUAUUUACACACUAUAUACUACACUUAUUCACUAUCCACUUAUGGAUCAGCACACUACCAAUAUUGUGCUCACAUUCUGCAUAACAGAACUUACACUAUGCUCAGACAUUACGUAUAUCCACUACAUCACUGGCGAUCCCUCGAGGUAGAGGAUGAUCUCUUUCACAGGAGUUUAUUUUUUAUGUGUCCUUUGGUGACUGAUCCUUGAGCCACAGGCUCGUUGGCAGAUGUUGCAGAUGGUGUUGGAAGUCAGGGUUGGGCAGUGUUUGCUGGUGACAGUUGUCUGUCUUUUCUGGUAUUUUUCUGCAACCAAGGCAAGGUUUUCCUCAAAAAUGGAUGUUCCCUCUCUGACAAGUCUUUGCUAGUUAUCCCUGUCCUGGGCUGCUGUCUCCCAGUGUGUGGUGUCGAUGCCAUAUCUCUUAAUGUUUAUCUUGAGGGUGUCUUUAAAGCGUUCCUUUUGGCCUCCCCGUUUCCUUUCUGCUUUGGUGAGUUGGGCAUACAGCAGUUGUUUUGGUAAGCGUACAUGAGGCAUGCGCACACAGUGCCUGCUCCACCUCAGCUGGUGCUGGAUAAGCAGGGCCUCAACAUUGAAGACGUUGGCUUCUGUGCGGACACUGAUGUUAAUGUGGCAAUCCUCCCACAUUAUGUUGAGGAUCUUCUGAAGAUAGUGCUGGUGCUGACUUCCAGGUUUUUCAGGUGUUUUUUAUAGGUCACACAAGUCUCACAGCCAUGUCCUCCACACACUACAUACAUUACACUCCUCACACAUACACUGCAUACUUAUAUAUACAAGCAUUACACACCCAUUGCAUAUUACAUAUACACAACUUACACUACUAUUCAUAUGCACUACCCACUACAUAAACUAAACUCACACACUCCAAACCUACCAUACACGACAUGCACUAUGCUACACUCAAACUCAGCAUUAUUACUGGCACACACUACACACUGGGCAUAUGUACAUACGCACUAAAGUCACACAUAUCCUGCCACCUAUCCAACCCACUCCCACACACUACACUAUAGCACACUCACUGGGAAUUUAAACGGCAUGAUUAACCUGGAGACACGUGUCUAACUGUUACUGAUCUGUCUUGCUUUCAAGCUUGGGGUUGCAGGGUAUGUGUGGGCACUUGUCUGGAGAAGACUGAUAACCUGGGUCUCCUGGUAACAAUAGCAAGGCUGUACAGAUAGAUCUGAUUAGCUCAUAGGUCUCAUCCCACCCACUCCAUUGCGUGGAAGGGCUGCUGCUGCUCCCACGUCAGUGCCAGAGGACAUGAAUGGGAUUCCAGACAGCUGGAGUAAUGCUGGCGAGGGACAGGUUCUGUCAGCGUGCACUGCACCGAGAUCCCCUACACAGUAGGAGAGUACUGAAAAAUCAACCACCACCACCCAGGAGAAUUGCACAGCUGCCCAGCCAUUAACGUACAUCUGCUCGGAAGCGCCCGGGGAAUAGAGGAGACCGGCACGAGAGAUUUUUAGGAAGCAGAGAAAAGAAAGAACUGGCAGCAGCUUCUUUCCCUGUGAACGAAUAGCGAUUGAGGAGGACUUUGGUGACAUCAUAAUUCUCUCCAAAGCUCAGGCAAGAAUCGCACAAAAAGUACAACUGGGGAGAUCCGGUUUGCAGGGGGAGGGGUGCCGGGGAGGGGGGUGAGUUUCAGAUGCAACUUCAUUAUUUCCUAUAAAAGGAAAAAUGCCCUUUCCCCUUUAGGAAUGAUUAACUUGAGAACCAUUUCCUCUCCGGCCAUGGCCAUCAGAGUUCGCAGAGCGCCGCCAAGUGGACAGCUUGGCUUUGAACACCGCGAGCUGGCAUGGGACUUGAAGGCUUUUUGAAAGCGUGCCCGUGGUCCCAGAAAUGCAUCGAGUGAGAGCCCUAACCCGCGCCUCAGGGAAGGUCCGUGUACGUUUCACACCUCCGAGCCCCGCUGUGCAAACAGCCUGGCCCAGACAUCCAGCAGCAAAGAUACCUGUCGAAAGAAAGAAAGUCAAACAAAGGUUUCAGCCAGUGAACAUGAGCACGGAUUAGUGUAGCCCCAGCCCAGCUGUGAUCAGCAACGAAUUAACGACCGGGGUAGGAGUGGGGACAUCAGACUGGGCAGAUCAGCUCUUUCACGGCCGGGCUGUUCCCUCCCCUACAGACCCUAGUGCUGAACUCCUCCGGAGUGUGGUCUCGGGGGAGCUAGGCUCUCAGGCAUUCCCAGCACCCCGAACUGGGGUCCAGCAAAUCCCUUGACAGGUCUGUAACAGCGGCGAGGCAGCGCCGCCACCAUGUGCGGCUGUGCGUGCAGAACCGAGAGGCGGGAGUGUGAUCGUCGCCCUCCCCCCGCCUUUUUUUUUGGGGGGGGGGGUGAGGUUUGUUUCUCUCUUGUUGUGAGGUAACUGGAUAAACACCAGCCCGCUUCCUGCCCGGCUGCUGCUGAUUGGCCCGCGGGACUUUCAGGAAUGUGAGCGACCCCUUAAAGGCGAGAGCAGCUCCUCCAGCCACUUCACUGCACCGGCCGGGGGCUGCAAGCCAAGGGAAACCUGCGGGGGCUGCAAGCAGCUACCGAUCCCGUCCGAUCCGCCAGGCAGGACUCACGGCUACCCUCGGACUGCUCCCGGAAGAGGGGAGACCCCGCUGCGAAGAGACACUGGCACUACUCGCUCAGGGGCGCUGCCGAGCGCCUGUAGAGCGCUCGAGACAGUAACUCACCUAAGAGUCACCGGGAGACUCCCAGCGCUGCCGAGGAUUUUGAUCGCUCUUUCCUCAGUGGCUGCAGAAGAUAGUUCCUCCCCUGGGUUAUCUCUAGGGUCUCAUCAUCUUUUCCUGUAAAGGUUUGCCCGGGAGACCGAUCUUUGCCAUGGAGCUAUCGGGCGGACUUUUCCUCCUCCUAAUGUUUGGUGUCUGCGGAGCAAACCAGAUCCCAGAGUCUGGGGGCGAUGAUAACAGUGUGUUUGAUCUCUUCGAACUCAUCGGCUUCACUCGCAAGGGGGCCGGACGUCGGGCAACUGGGGUACACUUGGUGAAGGGACCUGAGCCCUCCAGCCCUGCUUACCGCAUUGAGGAUGCCAGCCGCAUCCCAGCUGUGCCUGAUGACAAGUUCCAAGAUUUGCUGGAUGCCAUCUAUGCUGAGAAGGGCUUCAUCUUGCUGGCUACCCUCCGGCAGGCCAAAAAGAGCCGGGGCACCCUGCUGGCCGUGGAGCGCAAGGACAGCUCUGGCCAUAUCUUCAACCUGGUGUCUAACGGCAAGGCAGGCACCCUAGACCUGAGCCUGUCUGGUGAUGGCAAGCAGCAGGUGGUGUCAGUGGAGGAUGCCCUGCUGGCCACUGGGCACUGGAAGAAUAUCACCCUGUUCGUACAGGAGGAUCGGGCCCAGCUGUACGUAGGGUGUGAGAAAAUGGAGAAUGCUGAACUGGACAUCCCCAUCCAAAACAUCUUCACCAGGGACCUGGCCAGCAGUGCCAAGCUCCGCAUCGCCAAGGGUGGUGUCAAUGAUAACUUCCAGGGAGUGCUGCAGAAUGUGCGGUUUGUCUUUGGAACAACCCUGGAAGCCAUCCUAAGGAACAAAGGUUGCUCCAGCUCCACUAGUGCGAUCAUUACAUUGGACAAUCCCAUCAAUGGCUCCAGUCCAGCUAUCCGUACUAAUUACAUUGGCCACAAAACAAAGGAUAUCCAGGCAAUCUGUGGCUUCUCCUGUGAUGAACUUACAAAUAUGUUUGUGGAAAUGCAAGGAUUGCGGUCCAUGGUUACAACACUUCAAGACAGAGUGCGUAAAGUGACUGAAGAAAAUGAAUUGAUUGCCAAAGUAGUGCAGAUCACUCCUGGUGUGUGCAUUCAUAAUGGAAUUCUGCACAAAAAUAAAGAAGAGUGGACUAUUGACAGCUGCACUGAAUGUACUUGCCAGAAUUCUGCCACUAUAUGCAGGAAAGUGUCUUGCCCUCUCAUGCCUUGUUCUAAUGCCACUGUUCCUGAUGGGGAGUGCUGCCCACGAUGCUGGCCCAGUGACUAUGCAGAAGAUGGCUGGUCCCCUUGGUCUGAGUGGACUUCAUGCUCUGUGACCUGUGGGAAUGGGGUUCAGCAGAGAGGCCGUUCUUGUGAUAGUCUCAAUAAUCGCUGUGAAGGUUCCUCUGUGCAGACUCGCACCUGCCACAUUCAGGAGUGUGAUAAGAGGUUCAAACAGGAUGGUGGUUGGAGCCACUGGUCGCCAUGGUCAUCAUGUUCUGUUACCUGUGGCACUGGCAUGAUCACUAGAAUCCGUCUUUGCAACUCUCCAGUCCCACAGAUGAAUGGCAAACCGUGUGAGGGUGAGGCAAGAGAAACCAAAUCAUGCCAGAAAGAUCCUUGCCCAAUAAAUGGAAACUGGGGACCCUGGUCUCCAUGGGAUGUAUGCACAGUCACAUGUGGAGGAGGCAUUCAAAAACGUGGACGUCUUUGCAAUGACCCUGAGCCUCAGUAUGGUGGGAAGGACUGCAUAGGUGAUGCCACAGGGACCCAGGUCUGCAACAAGCAGGACUGUCCAAUUGAUGGAUGCCUAUCUAAUCCCUGCUUUGCGGGAACGACAUGUACCAGCUCCCCUGAUGGUUCCUGGAAGUGUGGUGCCUGCCCUACUGGUUACCAUGGCAAUGGUGUUCAAUGCAAAGAUAUUGAUGAGUGUCAAGAGGUUCCUGAUACCUGCUUUGUCCUCAAUGGCGUGCACAGAUGUGAGAACACUGAACCUGGAUACAACUGCUUGCCUUGCCCACCACGUUUCACUGGAACACAGCCUUUUGGUCGGGGUAUUGAGGAUGCCACAGCUAACAAGCAGGUCUGCAAACCACGUAAUCCAUGCACAGAUGGAACUCAUGAUUGCAACAAGAAUGCCAAGUGCAAUUACCUUGGCCACUUCAGUGACCCCAUGUACCGCUGUGAAUGUAAACCAGGCUAUGCUGGCAAUGGCAUAAUCUGUGGAGAAGAUACUGAUUUAGAUGGAUGGCCAAAUGAGAACCUUGUCUGUGUUGCCAAUGCCACUUAUCACUGCAAAAAAGAUAACUGUCCCAAUCUUCCCAACUCUGGGCAGGAAGACUAUGAUAAGGAUGGAAUUGGUGAUGCAUGCGAUAAUGAUGAUGAUAAUGAUAACAUUCCAGAUGACAGGGACAACUGUGCAUUCAUUUACAACCCACAGCAGUAUGACUAUGAUAGGGAUGACGUUGGUGACCGCUGUGAUAACUGCCCCUACAAUCACAACCCUGAUCAGACUGACACUGAUAACAAUGGAGAAGGAGAUGCAUGUGCUGUGGAUAUUGAUGGAGAUGGCAUUCUUAAUGAAAGGGACAACUGUCAAUAUGUCUACAACGUAGACCAGAGGGAUACAGAUUUGGAUGGUGUUGGGGAUCAGUGUGACAACUGCCCUAUGGAACACAAUCCAGACCAGGAGGAUUCUGACUCUGACCGCAUAGGUGAUAAAUGUGACAACAAUCAGGACAUAGAUGAAGAUGGCCAUCAAAAUAACCUAGAUAACUGCCCCUAUGUGCCCAAUGCUAAUCAAGCUGACCACGACAAGGAUGGCAAAGGUGAUGCCUGUGACCAUGAUGAUGACAAUGAUGGUAUCCCUGAUGACAAAGAUAACUGCAGACUGGUUGCCAACCCAGACCAGACUGACUCUGAUGGUGAUGGACGUGGAGAUGCUUGCAAAGAUGACUUUGACCAAGACAAUGUGCCAGACAUUGAUGACAUCUGCCCUGAGAAUGUUGACAUCAGUGAGACAGACUUCCGUCGAUUUCAGAUGGUUCCCCUGGAUCCUAAGGGAACAUCGCAAAAUGAUCCUAACUGGGUGGUUCGUCACCAGGGUAAAGAGCUGGUUCAGACUGUCAAUUGUGAUCCUGGACUUGCAGUGGGAUUUGAUGAAUUCAAUGCUGUGGACUUCAGUGGCACAUUCUUCAUCAAUACAGAAAGGGAUGAUGACUAUGCUGGCUUUGUAUUUGGUUAUCAGUCUAGCAGCCGUUUCUACGUAGUCAUGUGGAAGCAGAUCACCCAGUCCUAUUGGGACUCAACACCAACCAAAGCUCAGGGAUACUCAGGUCUUUCUAUCAAAGUUGUGAACUCUACCACAGGUCCUGGAGAGCACCUUCGAAAUGCUCUGUGGCACACAGGAAACACCGCUGGGCAGGUGCGGACCUUGUGGCAUGAUCCUCGUCACAUAGGCUGGAAAGAUUUUACUGCCUACAGAUGGCGUCUUAGCCACAGACCAAAGACUGGCUACAUUAGAGUUAUAAUGUACGAAGGGAAGAAAAUCAUGGCUGAUUCAGGACCAAUCUAUGAUAAAACUUAUGCUGGUGGUCGGUUAGGAUUAUUUGUCUUCUCUCAAGAAAUGGUGUUCUUCUCAGAUCUUAAAUAUGAAUGCAGAGAUCCAUAAUCACGAGGUUAUUGAUCCAGAGACUAUUUAAAAAUGCUGGUAUUGCACCUUCUGAAAUGUUUAAUAUUUUACACACCCUGGGACCAUUGUAUUCCUUCCUUCCUUUCUUCUGUCUGCACAAAUGUGGACUCAAAACACAUGACCUGCCUCAAGAAUGCUUUUGAAAGAAUGAAACUGAAAGUAAAAUCAACAUAUGACCUCGGCUAAAACGGAAGGAAACAAAUGUAUUUUUCAUGAAUGAGAAUUUUUCUUCAUGUGCUUCAGUAAGAAAGACAUUUGCUUUGCUGUUUUGUCACAGUGCAGUGUCACUGCCUCUCUUUUACUGGUGGUCCCGCCAAGUAGCAUUUUUGUAAUAAGAACAUCUUUGGAUGUGCUUUGGACUACUUAAAAACAAAAGACAUUUCAAUAUGUGGGGAAAGGGAUUUGGGAUGGGAGGGUGGACUUUUAAAGGUUAAACAGAAAAUUGCCAUGCUUGUCUAAAAGGUGCCUAUGCUCUCUGGGGUUUAUAUCCAGGUAACUUGGAGAAACUGUUACAUUUUGGACUAAAUAUCUUUCAGGUGACAAAUAUAUUCCUUGAUUUAAUGAUGUAGACUAGCUGUAUUAGCAAAUUAAUCCAUACAGUAUAAAAUAGAAACUGUAAAACAGAUCCCCAGUGGGGAAGAGGGAAUAAAGAUUGACACACAGGAUUGCACCGCUUGGUAAGAACAGGGAUUCACAAUUGGAAUCUAGUGCCAUUGCCUGAUUAAAUAGAGAUAUUUAUUUUUUAUUCCACAUGUAGCAAGUGCAGAUGUAGCAAGAACUUUAAAAAAGGUGCUGGAAAGCACACCAUCUCAAUUAGCACCUGUGCUGGCCUUCAAGGAACAAGCAUCUUUGCUUUAUAUUUUAUGGUUAAAAAGGCACAACAAAUGACAAUAGUAACAUUCCUUUUUCUACAAAUUUCAUGGACUUUUUUUAACUCCUCACUUUUUGGGAGGAGGAAGAAGGCUGUAGAUAAAACCUUAAAAAAUGUAAAAUAUUUAUUUUUUACUUAUCCUGGAUGUCAUAAUGACUGAAGGACUAUUGAUAAAACAAAACAAAAUAAAUGCGUCAAGACUAUCCAUAGAAUCAUUGUUACAAGUCUUCAAGACUGUACAAUUGUAAAUACAGAUUAUUUAUUAAUUCUGUUCUAUACUGAACCUAGAUUUUAGUUUAGAAAGCUUUUUGUUUGGAUCAGAUAGCUGAGAUGUAUUAAUUACAAAAAGCAACUUUCCCAUAGAGAACGUGGAGAACAGGGAACAGCAGCUGGGAGGGAAUGGAAUGUUUGUUGGCUUUUUCUAAGUCAGCGUUCCAUGUGUUGGUUUUUUUACUUCUUUGUGCAAAGCAAUUGGUGAUGGCCUGGUAGGUUACCUUUCUGCUUCUUUAAAAAACCACAAGUCCUUUUUUAUAUGUUGUCAGUUCCUAUCUCUUGUGCCUGUUACUGGAGAGACUGGACAGCAUUUGUUACUAGUUAAUCAUUUACGUAGUGACAUUAGAUGUUCAUGGUGUUUUUACAAUUGGUCAACAAUAUGCCAGACAAAGAACAGAAUCCCUGCCCCGACAAGUUUUCAAACUAGAGGCACAAAUGGCACUUGUCUUUAUGGCAUUGGAUUGCCUGAUUAAAUAGAGAUAAAGUUGCAGGUUGCACAUUGGAAUGAUCCAUGUGCAGUGGUGAAAACAGGAGUGCUUCACAGAGAAGGUGGGAUUUUAGGAGCUCCUGGGAGGGGGUGGCAAGACAUACGUUAAUUGAAGCUGUUCCAGGUGUAAAGGGCAGCAUGAUUAUACCUAUAAUCCUUUGUCUUUCCAGGAAAAAAAAGGAAAAAAAUAACCAAGGUGAAACUUUUAUGUACAAAUAUUACCUCAUUGUGUGACUGAGAAAAAAAUCUUUGGAUCAAGCAGAAGUUAAAUGUCUAACAAACUUUAAAGCUACUGUAGAACUUUUAAAAAUAAACGCUGUACAUAGUCAAAUUCUCUUUGCGGAAAAGUAUAUUCCCCAUAAGAAAAUGGCAUUGAAACAAUGUUAAAUAUUAUUUCUAAUGUUGUGUUAUAUUUUUGUCAUCUUGUAUACCAUUGCUUGUAUUUUUAUAAAUUAUUUUUCUCAUUGCCAUUGAAUAGUUACUCUCAUAAUUGUGUAGAUACGCUAUUUAAAUAAUUUAUCAGGAAGUGCUACCUGUAGAGUUAGUAUUUCUAUUUUUAUAAAAUGUUUGCACACUGAAUUGAAGAUUUUUGCUCCCCCACCCAUGUUUUUGCUAUUAGCAUAAUUUUCUGAGAAUAUGCUUUUUUGUACACAUUUUUAACCAUUUUACAUUUUAAAGCUCUGUAAGUUGUACAAUAAAAUUUCUUACAUACAAGGAACAAUAAACCAAUAUGGAAAUUUAUAUUUA